ACUCUCGUCCCAGCUCCGUUUCCCGCGUUGUGGCUGAGAGAGGCGUUUUGUCGGACUAACGCUCGAUAACCGCUUCAAGCGGCACUUUUUUUCCUCAGUAUUUUCUAAGCCUCGGGUGACAUUUUGAGCCGGCGACGUUCGUCACCAGCUGUUGUUGGGUGUCUUUAGGAUUGAAGCUGCAAAACCCUGUGGUUGUAUGUCUACAACAAGUGUUUCUGGAGUCCCCGCGCCGCGGAAUAACGGGAACCUAGGGCAGUGAGGAUGUGCAGGUAAUGCCCAAAGAGAACCCCGGGGCAUCAUGUCUGAAGAGGCGAUCUCAGGGAGCGAUCUGGAGCCCGACCUCAACAGCGAGGAGGACGAGGACUUGGAAGAGGAGGAGAUGGAGGAAGAUGAUGAUGAAAAUGAUGGGGAUGAUGAAGAGGAGCCUACUGAACACCCCCAGGGUGCCUCUUUCAGCACAGAAAAUGAAGCCCAAGGAGGGGACACCUUGGGGUGGGAGCGCACCUCACCAUCUACCUCGCCAUCAGCAGAGCCCCCAUCACGGCCCCCUUCCCAGCCCAAUAGCCAGAGUUCAGUUUCUCUCAGCAACACCAAGAAGAGGGUCUCCAAGCCAGCACACAUGAGAAGAAACAUUAGAAAGCUCCUACGGGAGCACCAGCUGGAGGCGGUGACCAAAGCUGCCCAGCAGGAGGAGCUAGAGAGAAGGAAGCGGCUGGAGCAGCAGAGAAAGGACUUUCCAGGGCCUCCCCUCCCUGAGCUUGCGCAAGGAGAGGUGGCCCCAAGUUCAGCUGUUCAUGCUGCCAAACAGGAGGUGAUAUGCCUGGACACCAGCAACAGCAGCGCCAGUGCAAGCGAGGACGAUGCCAGAGGUCCAUCUCUGCAGCUCCCCAAGGACGACGUGAUUGAACUAAGCUCCGGGGAAGACGAACCCCCCCAGAGUAGUGAGGCAGCCAAUGGGGAGGAUGAUCGGGCAACCCCAGGAACAGAGGAGAGCAGUGGGGCCCACAUCAAUGAUGCACUCAACCAGCCUGACGCCCAGGGCCGCGUCCUGGUCAACAUCAACCACCCAUCCAACGAGCGUGACCUCUUCUUGGCCCCCCAGCUUGCCCGAGCUGUGAAGCCUCACCAGAUUGGCGGGAUCCGCUUCCUGUAUGAUAACCUGGUGGAGUCUCUGGAGCGCUACAGGAACAGCAGUGGUUUUGGCUGUAUCCUGGCACACAGCAUGGGCCUGGGCAAGACACUGCAGGUCAUCUCCUUCAUCGACAUCUUGCUGCGGCACACAGGAGCACAUACAGUGCUGGCCAUAGUGCCUGUGAACACACUACAGAACUGGCUUGCAGAGUUCAACCUCUGGCUGCCACCGCCAGAAGCCCUUCCUCCAGAGACCACACCUGAUGAGGUCAUGCCCCGCACGUUUAAAGUGCAUAUCCUGAAUGACGAGCACAAAACAACGGCUGCACGUGCAAAGGUGAUCAGCGACUGGUCAACGGAGGGCGGUGUGCUGCUCAUGGGCUACGAGAUGUACCGGCUCCUGUCACUCAAGAAGAGCUUUGUUACAGGCAGGAAGAAGAAGUCCAAGAAACCUGCGGGCCCGGUCAUCAUUGACCUUGAUGAAGAGGACCGACAACAGGAACUGCUGAAAGGCAUUGAGAAAGCACUGUCACGGCCAGGUCCAGAUGUGGUGAUCUGUGACGAAGGGCAUCGCAUCAAGAAUUGUCACGCAAGCACAUCACAGGCGCUGAAGAACAUCCGAUCAAGGAGGCGCGUCGUUCUCACGGGCUACCCGCUGCAAAACAACCUCAUUGAGUACUGGUGCAUGGUGGACUUUGUGCGGCCUGACUUCCUGGGUACACGCCAGGAGUUCAGCAACAUGUUCGAGCGUCCCAUCCUUAAUGGGCAGUGCGUAGACAGCACGCCGCAGGAUGUUCGGCUCAUGCGCUACCGCAGCCAUGUGUUGCACAGUCUACUGGAGGGCUUUGUGCAGAGGCGAGGACAUGACGUGCUAAGGUCCCAGCUGCCCUGUAAGCAGGAGCAUGUGAUCCUGGUGCGCCUCUCACCCAUUCAACGAGCUCUCUACACUGAGUUCAUGACUCGCUUCCGUGAAGCCGGCAACAGUGGCUGGUUGGGCCUCAACCCGCUCAAGGCCUUUUGUGUGUGCUGCAAGAUUUGGAACCAUCCAGAUGUUCUCUACGAAGCCCUGCAGAAGGAGAACCUUGCCAAUGAGCAGGACCUUGACCUUGAUGACUUGACCACCUCGGGCAGCAGCCGCUGCACAGCGCCUGGCAUGAAGGGGAAGGCCUCAGACUCAACAAACAGCAAGUUUGCCAUGCCGGGCCUCGGAUUGGGCCUAAAUAUUCUGCACGAGAAGGCCAAUCAAGUCAUCACUUACGAAUGGGCAAAGGACAUCAUGAACAACUACAAGACAGGUGUCUUGGAGAAUUCUGCCAAGAUGGUGCUGCUAUUCCACCUAAUUGAUAAGAGCGUAAGCCAGGGAGACAAGGUUCUGGUCUUCAGUCAGAGUUUGUCUACAUUGAGUGUCAUUGAGGAAUUCCUGGUCAAGAGGCCUAUGCCACUGAGCACAAAUACUGCAGAGCGACAGUGUCCAAACUGGGUUCGAAAUGUCAACUAUUACAGGUUGGACGGGAGCACAUCGGCUUCAGAGAGAGAGCGGCUCAUCAAUCAGUUUAAUGAUCCCACAAAUGAUACUGCAUGGCUUUUUCUGCUGUCCACCAGGGCAGGUUGUCUAGGUGUGAACUUGAUUGGGGCCAACCGGGUGGUGGUCUUUGAUGCCUCAUGGAACCCAUGCCACGACGCACAAGCUGUCUGCCGGGUUUACCGCUAUGGUCAGAGGAAACCAUGCCAUAUCUAUCGUCUGGUGUGUGACUUCACUCUGGAAAAGAAGAUCUAUGACCGGCAGAUUUCCAAGCAGGGCAUGUCAGACCGUGUGGUGGAUGACUUGAAUCCUGUGCUCAACUUUACACGUCGGGAGGUGGAGUCACUACUGCACUUUGUGGAGGAAGAGCCUGACCCAAGCCGUGUAAAGUUGGACACCACAGAAGAAAUGGAGAUUGUCAUCAGACAGGCCUGUUCCCUGUACCCACACCUCAUCACCAGGCAACCCUUCCACCAUGAGUCACUCUUGAUGGACCGGAAGGAGAUGAAACUCACCAAAGCAGAGAAGAAAGCUGCCAAGAAGAGCUAUGAGGAUGAGAAGCGUGCAUCUGUACCCUACACACGGCCCUCCUAUGCCCACUACUACCCAGCCAGUGAUCAGAGUCUCACCAACAUCCCUGCCUUCAGCCAGCGCAACUGGCGCCCGCCUCCUCGUCCAGACGAGAAACCAGUAGCCAGUGUACGUCCGGUACAAUCCACUCCCAUUCCCAUGAUGCCUCGGCAGGUGCCCCUGGGCCCCGGCUCCUCACUGGCCGGUCCCAGCUCAGGAGUCAACUUCCCUGUCAACUACCUCCAGAAGGCCGGGGUCUUCGUACAGAAGAUAGUCACCACCACAGAUAUCGUGAUUCCUGGAACCAACAGCAGCUCAGAUGUCCAGGCACGAAUAAGUGCUGGAGAGAGCAUCCACGUGAUCCGGGGCACCAAAGGAACCUACAUCAGAACAAGUGACGGGAGAAUCUUUGCCAUCCGAGCAGCAGGGAAGGCAAAGCCAGGAGAGGAAAACGCGACGGCCCCCCGAGACACCCAGAGGUCAUCUGAGGCUGUCCCCAGCAAUGGCAGCAAUGGUUGUGUAUCUCCUGACCGCAAGCGCAUGACGCCCGAUGGUCUACCACGGCCCCUCUCCCCAGACAGCCCCGAGAUCCUCAACGAGCUGCAGCGAUAUGCCACGGUAUCGACAGGGGAUGCAGGGGCAAGCAAAUCUGCAGAGCCAGCAGUAGCAGGCCAGGAGAGGACACAAGAUGGCAUCAGUAGCAGUGCCAUGGGUGGUGGAGUACACACCCAGGGUGACUCCAUCUCCUCUUCACAGUCUGGUGCCAAUGCUGUUGGGGCCCUGGACCUGCGGGGCACUAAGCGCAAGUCAUCACCACCACCAGGUGAGGAGCGCAUCCACAAACAGCCCUCGAGCAAACGAACAUCUGUGUCACUACCACUGCAGAACUUCCCGCUGGCCAGCACCUAUGGACUCCCACCCAUGGGUCUCAACCCUGCACUUCUCGGCUCCAUGGGGCAUGCCAUGUUUAUGGGCACUAGCUCCCCGUACUUCCAGUCACACAGCCAGCUGGGUGACCCUCGCCUGAUGUUUCCCAUGACCCCUGACCCCUUUGGCUUAAGCGGCACCAGUUUGCCCAGUUCAUCCUCGUCGGUGUCAUCAUCAUGCACCGCCACCACUGGUUCCACCGCUAACUCUGCCUCCACUGGCUCCGUGUCCAGCUCCCUGCCCCACUUUAUGUUGAACCCUGGUGUGCUCCCACCUGGCUUCCCCCUGGCCUAUGGCCAGUCACUGAUGCCCGAGCCCAGAAUGUAUGGUAGCCCGCUGCUCCCAGGGGGGCUGCCAGCCAACCCUGGCACCAUGGGUUCUGGCUUCCUUUCGCACUUCCCCUCCUCUGGCCUCCUGUCAGCUGGACUGAGACAGCAGGACACACACACUGUCUCAGAGAAUGGUGGCAGCAGUUCAGAUGAUGAUGUCAUUGAAGUGAUGGAACAAUGAACUCAGAAGGAAACCAUUUUGGUGGGGGAUGGCAGUAGGGCUGAGAUCAAGAGUGGGUAAAGGAGGAAGGAAAGAAGUCAUGAUUAAUUUGCCUUGAAAUCAAGAUUCCUCUACACAGAAACCCAUUCAAUCUCCAUAGCUCUGUUCCCUUGACCACUUUCUCCUGAGAGAAAUCUGAUGUAGAAACUGGACAAUAUAACAAAUCCUUAUGCUGAAAUCUUAUUUAAAGGAAAAGAAGCUGAAGAGAAGCUGAGCAUGAGAGAAAUGAUGGGUGGGGAGGAGUGAAGGGGUGUUUGGAUGUGGGCUUCCAGCCGCUGUUCCACACUGGACCCAGGGCUCUGACCUGCAGUGACUCCCAUGUGCCUCUAGGGGCGUUGUUUGCCAAGACAUGUCUGGCAGAUCAGUGUAGUUGUCUUCUUGGACUGUUUGCAUUUCUCUGGCAGGUUUUAGACUAGUUCAUUUGCUGGUUUGUUAGAUCUAGUAAGUAGUAAACCUGUUGCAAUUUGGGAAAAAUAUCAGUGAAUCUGAUACAUUUUGAAUAUAAUUAUUUCUAUUUUUAUUUCAUAAAUGGUGGUUAUAUUCAAAGUUACUAAGAUGGUUGUUUAAAAAAAAAUUAUCUGGCCCUUAAAUGCAGACGAGCCGGAGAAGUUUUCAUUUCUAGAGAGUGGCUGGAGAAGGGGACAACAAGAGGAACUAUGGGGUUUAAAAGCUGUGCACUCUGUUGCUAGAAAGUAUUUCUGGAAAAAGUAAAACCUUAACUCAAAGAAUGUAUUUUCAUUUCAGCCUUUAAUGACAAACCAUUGUGGGAGGUUUGAGGUCCAGGCAUUAUAUUUGGGAAGGUUGUAUUUUUCUUUAUUAUCUCUCCUGUUCUUGAAAUGGGCUACUAGCAUGUUACAGUGGAAAAGAUUGAAAACCACAUAGCAGGUUAUAGCCCAAGACACCUCAAAGGACAGUGGGUCCAGUUGCCUUGCUUCCACCUCAGAGAAUGUCCAGCAUUGAACAUGCAGAACUCAGAGAUAGAGGUCAGCUACGGCUGUUUCAAACCGGACUGUAGCCCAACUGUCUUAUGUAAACAUGCUGCAUCUUAGCAAGUUGCAGAAAGUCCAUCGCCAAAGCUGGCAUGAUAGUGGGCUAGUAGCUAUGCUUUCAUGCUGUUUCAACCUGUUGUUCUGUUAAUGAGCUUCUGAAACAAUAUCUUGUCUGUCACUUGCCCACAUGUAUCCCCCUUCUCUCCCUGGGGCUGUAACUAAGUCCAUAAUUCACCAAAAUUUUAAAAAAUCCUGGAAUGAGAACCAGGCUUAAGACCUGUUUUGAAGUGCACAAAAAAUCUUAAUGAUAUGAAAUCUAGCAUGUGCCAAAUCUGGAUGGCUGGAAUGGUCGUUAUUUCUGGCACCCUACUUGACACGAGAAUUGAUUUAUGAGAAGGACCUGAAGCAGGUCUUUAUUUGGAGGGUCAUACCUUAGCUUCUCCUUCUCACUUUGGUGACACAAGGAAAGGGCAUGGGUUUUGCAGCAAACCCCUCAUACUCUUUACACCAAAUAUAUACAGUCAUACUCGCAAAAGGGUGUAUGAGGAUAACAGUACACUACCAGCUACUACACCAUUGACUUUUUUUUU